AUGGAAUUUCGCAAAUUUAGAUUGCUUAUAUGGGUCAUGUUCACCAUGUGUUUGAUAAAAUGCUCCUUCCAGUUCGACCCUAUAGACAACUAUCUGCUAGAUUGUGGAUCACCCACGAACAGCUCCAUACGCGAUAGGGUUUUCUUAGCGGAUACUUCCGAUUCCGAUCACCAUUUCCUUUCAAACCCAGAACAAGAAUCUGUAAACACAUCAAAUUCCCAACCCAUUUCAUCCACCUACGGAUCAUCACUAUACACAACCGCUAGAAUCGUCAACAAAACAUCAAAUUACACCUUCUCCAUUAACCAACACGGCCGCCAUUUCAUCCGCCUCUAUUUCUUCCCAUUUCCGUUAGACGCCGGAGCCUACAACCUAACCACCGCUAGAUUCUCCGUCUCCGCCCACGGUUUCACUCUCCUGAAAAACUUCCAACCCGAUAAUACCCCUGUCGUUAAAGAAUUCUCCAUAAACAUCACUUCCGAUGAACUUACUCUCACAUUCACCCCUUCCCCCAAUUCAUUCGCGUUCCUAAAUGCCCUAGAAGUCAUCUCCCACCCAAACGAACUCAUCCCCAUCACAGCCCGAGCUGUAGAGCUUCCACAUACCCACCCCAAUCUGAUGACGCAAGCACUACAAACAGUCGCUAGGGUUAACAUGGGAAAUCAAACAGUCUCCCCUGAUAACGACACCUUAUGGCGACUAUGGAAUCCAGAUGGAACCUUCAUGAAACACAACAAUCUUGUUCGAUUCGUCUCAAAUAUAAGCGCUGUAAACUACACAUCAGGAAGUCCAGCUUUCGAUAUCGCUCCUUUAUCUGUCUAUGGAACUGCGACUAAACUUGAUACCGAAUCUGACCCUGGUGCUCUUCUUAACAACACUUGGUCUUUCAAUGUCGACCCGGGUUUUUCCUAUUUAGUCCGAUUUCAUUUCUGUGAUAUAAUCGAACGUCCACCUUCAGAACUUAUCCUCAACAUCUACUUAAACUCCAUGUCAGUUGCUAAAGAUCUUAAACUUGGUGACCAAAUGUCAAACAUCUGGGGUGCCCCUUUUUAUUUAGACGCUAUCACAAAGCUAAACGGGAAUGGAAUCCUAAAUGUAAGUGUAGGGACAUCUCUUGCUUUUGGGGCAUACCCGGAAAGCAUUCUAAACGGGCUUGAAAUCUUGAAAAUUAGUAACUCCAAUGGGAAUCUUGAUGAAGGUGGGACAGGGGUAAAUUCGUCAAACUCAAAUUCAAAUUCGAAAAUCUUGGUGAUUGUUGUUGUCUCUAGUGGCGGGUUGUGUGUUUUGAUUCUUUUGUGUUGUGUGUUCUUUGUAAUCACAAGAAGAAAUAGACGUAAACGAAAUGAAGAGUACUUGAGUGCGAAUGUUCAUAAGACAAAUGACGAAAAUACCCUUUUCUCAAGGUCGAAAAUCGGAUACCGAUUCCCGCUAGGAGCGGUUCUAGAAGCUACGGAUAAGUUUAGCGAGAGUUUAGUAAUCGGAAUCGGUGGUUUCGGGAAAGUUUACAAAGGAAUACUUUCCGAUGGGACAAUUGUAGCUGUUAAAAGAGGGGCCCCACAAUCACUUCAAGGGGUAUCCGAAUUCCAAACCGAAGUUGAAAUGUUAUCCCAAUUCCGACAUCGACAUUUGGUAUCUUUAAUCGGAUAUUGUGAUGAAAAAAACGAGUUAAUUAUCAUAUACGAGUAUAUGGAAAACGGGACUUUAAAAAACCAUCUAUACGGGUCGGAUCUACCCAAAUUGAAGUGGAAACAACGGUUAGAGAUCUCAAUUGGGUCGGCCCGUGGGCUCCACUAUCUUCACACGAGUUCUCAUUUAGCUAUAAUUCAUCGAGACGUGAAAUCCGCAAAUAUUCUACUGGAUGAGAAUAUGAUGGCUAAGGUUGCGGACUUUGGGCUAUCGAAAACGGGCCCCGCAGUUGACCAAACUCAUGUGAGUACAGCGGUGAAGGGUAGUUUCGGGUAUUUGGAUCCGGAGUAUAUGACACGUCAGCAAUUGACUGAAAAAUCGGAUGUGUAUUCGUUCGGGGUUGUGAUGUUUGAGAUUUUAUGUGGGCGACCCGUGAUUGACCCGUCUAGGCCUCGGGGAAUGGUGAGUUUGGUUGAGUGGGUUAAUGAGAUGAGAAAACGGGGCGAAUUGGAGAAGGUAUUUGACCCGUUUCUUGUUGGGAAGAUGAAGAUGGAGUCUGUGAAGAAGUAUGUGGAGAUAGGGGAGAAAUGUAUAGCAGAACAAGGGGUGGAUAGGCCUACAAUGGGGGAUGUACUUUGGAACCUUGAAUGUGCCCUUCAGUUGGAGGGUAGUGUAGUAAAUUCGCCUAAAGUGGAAAAUGAUUGUGUUAGUAGUAAUGUGUUUAGUGAGGGAAGUGUGGGGGAUUUUGCUGGGGUUUCGAUGAGUAGGGUUUUUUCAGAAAUGGUUAAAGGUGAAGAACGUGAAAUGAGGUGA